AGCUAGUAUCCGGCUGGAAGUGGUUUGUCUACAGUGAUUCACACAGCUUUGGGAGACUGAGCAGCAGAAGCAGUGACUGUGACUGUGGGGGCAGGCAGACUAUAAUGGAGAUGAAACCACAGACUGUACUUCUCUGGGGUCAUGAGUUGUGUCCUAUCCUCACCUCUUUGUAAGUUGACCACCUGGACUUCAGCCCCACCUUCUGCUCACCUAUGCCUGCAGGACCAUGGGUAGUGUCAGUAGCCUCAUCAACGGCAACAGCCUCAACAGCAAACACUGCAAGGCGUCUGAGUAUAGGUUAAGAAAGGGAACAAACCAUCACCGAAAGAGCGGAGGUUGCAGCCUCGACGGGUUACUGAAGUGUGGCUUCACUCAGGGCUCCUCGUCCACCACUUAUCCCUCUAAAGGCCUCACCCACUCCCGGUCAGGACGAAGUGAAGAUUUCUUUUACAUCAAGGUGAGCCAUAAACCGAGGUCAGUGUAUCACAGGGGAGGAUCAAUGGAGGACCGAGGGAACAGAGAUGGGGAAUCAGAUGGACGAUUGCAACCAAAGCUGCUGCUCAUGUCAGGGAAAAUGACUGAGAGGACCUCUGCUGAGAAGUCAUUGGUCCGUUCCACUGCCUUCAAGCCUGUGAUUCCCAAGAGUACAUCCUCCACAGAGACAGGCCACGGCAGCCUGGACCACAUCCUCUGUCCUCCGGAGAAAGCAAGGAGUCCAGACAUUAGACAUACGCAAGACACCUCAGGGACUCUCUCAGACUCCGGACGUAACUCUAUGUCUAGUCUGCCAACCCACAGCACCAGCGGCAGUCUAAGUGCUUCCACAGGCCCUGUCAGUCACAGUGAUGGCAGCUCAGCUCCCGCAAACAGCCUCAGCAAGGGAGUACAACCCAGUUUGCCUUCAUGGGUCAGCGGGAAUAGCACUAACCUUGACUGCAGCUACAGGGCUGUUUUAAACAGCAGUGGGUUGGCAUCUAAGGCUAAUGGGGAAGCUGGCUCCCCACUUUCUGCAGAUGAGCCAAGCCCUCUCUCUGAAACUGCAGGUGGGAUUCGGUCCCCCAUUACUACAGAUGAGUCACUGAUUGAACGUUUGGAACAAAGGCUGCUGGAGAGAGAGACUGAAUUGCAGGAGCUACAGGUGAGUUUUGAGGAGAAGGAAGCAGACACCUGCCAGCUGUUUGAGGAAAGACAAAAGUACUGUGCUGAGGAAAUGGAAGGGCUGAAGCAGCGAUGCUCCACAAAGCUACGACAAGUGUCCCAAAUGGCUGCAAAAACCCAGCAAGCACUGCAGCUGCAGGUCAUCCAGCUCCAGACAGAGAAGGAGAGGCUUCAGGAGGACGUCUCAAAGUUAACCCAAGAAAAGAAUCUUGCCGACCUCAGACUGAGAUCCUACGAGACAGAGAGCACACAGUUGGCUCCAACACUCGAGGAAACUCAAUGGGAGGUGUGCCAGAAGACAGGAGAGAUCUCACUGUUGAAGCAGCAGCUGAGAGACAGCCAAGCGGACGUCAGCCACAAGCUAAACGAGAUAGUCAGCCUCAGGGCAUCACUGAAGGAAAACACAGUGAGAAUGGAGAUGCUCGAGAAACAGAAUAAAAACCAAGAAGACAAACUCCACUCUCGCACUGUAGAGGUUGAGGUUUGUCAAAAUGAACUCCAGCGCAAGAAGAAUGAGGCUGAUUUGCUGAGAGAGAAAGUGGGCAAACUGGAGAAAGACAUUCAGGGAAUGAAGCAGGAUCUGGCCUUGGCCAAAGAGCAGAGGUCACAACACAGUCGGCAACUUGAAGAUAAUGCUCAAACUCAGGCCUUGGAAAGACUAACCCAAGGCUCAAACUCCCCUGUCCAGGUGGAGGAGAACAGGGAACAUAUCCCCACAGAAUCACUCCAGAGAGAGGUAGAAAGACUGAAGCAGCAGCUCAGAGAGGAGAAGGACGCUCAAGAGAGGCUAGCCAAAAGCUUUGAGCAGGAGAGGCAGACAUGGAACAAGGAGAAAGACAGGGUCAUCAAGUACCAGAAGCAGCUCCAGAUCAACUACCUGCAGAUGCACAAGAAGAACCAGGACCUGGAGAGGAUCCUGAAGGAGCUGACCUCUGAACUGGAGAGCCGGACAGAGCUAGGCAUGGACAUUACCUACAGCUCAGGGUUGCAAACAUAUGACGACGUCAUUGCCACAGAGAUUUGACUGGUGCACUCACUCACUUGCUUUUGGUAAAAGUGACAUUGUCACUUGACUGUUUCUCACCGCAGAUGUUUAUGUGUCUCGACGUCACAUGCAACAUCACAACAACUGGAGCUCAUUCACUGCUACUUAGUGUUUUACAGGGGUUAUUUAAUAGAAUAUGCAUACUCUAGUGAGUUUUGAGUCCAGGGCACAAAAAAACAGUAAGAUUAUUCUUAGCUUUUUAUGAUGACACUGAUACUACUUCUUUAAAAGCAAAUGCUAAGUUAUUUAAAGUUCAAAUGAGACUAUUUUUUAUUUUUUUAACAUGUUGUCUAACAAGAUCACUCAUCAUUCAAAUCAUGCACAAUUUUGUCAUUUAAACACCAUUUAUUAGUUGUUAAUUGAUAGAUUCCAGACAUCCAUUAUACUGUUUGCUCCCACUCUGUCCACUUGUAAGGCAUUUGUGCAUGGAAAAUAAUGCUAAACCAUUUUAUGAGUCAUUUCAAAACAAUAUACAGGUCUCAUGAUGUGAUCUAUUUACAGCAUUGCAAAAACCAAAUGUUAUCCACUGCAGUUUUAACAAAUAUGUUAAAAUCACAUUGAACUGUCAUGUAU